AUCUUGUAAAUUAUUCAAAACAAAUGAAUUCGGAGAAAUUCUGCGGAAAAAAAUGAAACAGCGUUACACAAAAGUCUUUCAAUCGAGCAGCGGCACACAACUCCGAGUCAAAUUCACACAAAAUUUGGAAAAUACGCUGGAAAUCGAGAUCGAGAAUGGGGAAUUUAUUGCCGUGAAACGUUCCCGCAUCAAAUGGAUCGCAGUGUCGUCGGUGCUUUAUUUGCUUUAUAUCAUGAUGGCAAAGCACUUUUUCAUCGCGAACAUCAUUUUUGGCAGCACGAUGUUGAUUCUGGUUUACACGUUUGCGGGUCUCGUGAAGUCAGAAAAAGUUACGUUGGUGAGAAAUUUUGGACUGCAAACGUGCACGAGUUUUGCCUUCGGGAAGGUUUCCAAUCUGCUGAUUCCCGAAAAAUGUCUUCAAGACGUCGUUAUUAAUGAAGUUAUUUACAACUUAAAAGUCAUUUACGUACUUGACGUGCUUACAAAAGGGUCGAUUUGUAAGGAGAAGCCGAUUAUCACACUUUUCAGUAAUUUAUUACCGAACCUCGAAUGUCUUGAAUUAUGUUACAAAUUAAUGCACGGCGUGCUGAGAUAGCAAAAGGAUCGCGAGAGACGCAGACUUGCCAUCAAUAAAUUUAAAGAAAAUUUCUUCUUCUAAAGAAAAACAAAAAAACUUAAAGAAAAAAGUUAACAGCUCAGCUUCAUUCGCUCCAUGAAUAAAAAUAAAUAAAAAAUGAACUUAUGGUAGAUUUAAGAUUUUUUGUAAAGUGUUUUAGCUUUAAAAACACGAAAAUUAAUCCAAAAAGAAGUUUAUUGUAACUUCCUUCGUCGCAAACGCAGAAUUUGUUCAAUUAAAAAUAAAAAUAAAAAUUUUGACUGUUAUAUUAG